UUGAUCGAUUGAUUGAAGGAUUGUGGCGAGAAAAAGAGAGAGGAAGUAAAAGAGGAUUUGGAAGAAGUUACUCGUUCACCAACUACUAGCCGGCACAGCAGUUUGACAAGAUGAAUCAGCAGUGCAAAGUGUGUGGUGAACCGGCGGCCGGAUUCCAUUUCGGUGCCUUCACUUGCGAAGGCUGCAAGUCCUUUUUCGGCCGAUCGUACAACAAUCUGUCGUCGAUCUCGGAGUGCAAAAACAACGGCGAAUGUAUCAUCAACAAGAAGAACCGGACGGCGUGCAAAGCGUGCCGAUUGCGCAAGUGCCUGAUGGUGGGCAUGUCGAAGAGUGGUUCACGGUACGGGCGACGAUCGAACUGGUUCAAGAUCCACUGUCUGCUGCAGGAGCAACAGCAGGCCGCCCAGCAGCACCAGCAGCAGCAUCAGCAUCAGCAUCAGCAGCAGCAGGGCAACCAUCCGAAGGGCCCGCAGCAGGUCGGUAUGCAUCCGGGCAUGUUCCAUCCGGGCGCUUACCCGCACGGUAUGUACCCGCGGCCACCGUGCACCAAGGAGGAACUGAUGCUGCUCGGUCUGGAGGAGUACAGCAAGCAUCCGUCCGCUUCACCGUCGGUCAGCUCACCGGACAGCCACAACUCGGACAGCUCGAACGAGAUCAACGAUCGACGCAAUGCGUUGCUUCGGCAGGGCAAACUACACCACGAGGCGGCCACCCUCAGCAACAAGGACCUCUUCCUGCCCCUGCCAUUCGGUGGACUGCCGUUGAUGCCCCCGCCUGGCUUCCUACCCUCGUCGCAUCUUAUGUUCCCAGGGUUCCAUCCGGCGCUCUACUCGCAUCCACAGGCGGGUCUGCUGAAGCCGGCCGACACGCACCUGACGCUGCCCAGCUCGCCCUUGGCAAAUAACAACAACAGUCGCUUCACGCCAAAUCACAAUACCGAACCGAGUGCACACCCGGUGACGCCCGGUAGCAAUGGUAAUGCCAACGAUAGUGCCAGCGGUAAGUCACCGGAUCCGUACGCCAAGCGCUUCAUCCUGGAUCAGGUGCUGGAAUCGCAGCGUUGCCCGAGCAACGGUACUGCCAAUGGUAGUGAUAAGGAGGAACCGGAACCGGAGGACGUUGGGCCGGCCACGAUGACACCACCACGCUCACCGAUCGUCGUCGUAUCGCAGCCUUCCCAGGCGAUUGUGGUUCGUCAGCACACGCCCGAGAACAACCACCACCAUCACCACCAUCACCACCACAACCACCAUCAGCGACCGGAGCAGCAACAGUCAGGGUUGAACCAGGACAAUCCGAUCGAUUUGAGUAUGAAGACGGGCAGUAGCUGCACAUCCGCGGACGAUCGACGAUCGUCGAUGUCGGGAGCCGAAUCGAACGGAUCCGAUGAUGAAACUCACGCCGAAAGCCGCUCAUCGUCCGGUUUGGAUAAGUACAAGUAUGCGGUUGCUGCUGCGGCGGCGGCGGCGGCGGCUGCUGCUGCUACUGCAACGACCACCUCCGGUAAAACGACUCCUAACAACAACAACAACAACACGAUCAUCAGUAACAACCACGAGCAUCACAAACGGCACCUACCGUCGUCACCACCGCGCUGUCACGAAGCGUCUUUGACGCCCUCACCAACUCAGCAACGUCUUGCGUCACCACCGCAACCAGAAUCACCGCCACUGGUCCGGCCAUCGGCAAACCAUCGGCAGCAGCAGCAGCAGCUUCACCAUCACCAUCACCAUCUGCAGCACCUUCGGCAUCGGCAUGCACUCGGCCAUCACGGUAGCGGCAGUGAGUCCGACCUAGAACCGGAGGAGACCGAGUAUGAGCGUGAGGUGAAACGGAUGAAACUGCAAGGAACGACACCGCUCGAUCUGACAACCAAGGUGUGAGGAGCAGAAGCGUGACGGAGGUAGCUUGCCAAAAAAAAAAAAAACUCACGUACACGAACGCAGUGAUAACUGUUAUCGGCCACAAGCUUCUGCGUUGUCUGUUUGUGUGUGAUGGCCACUGGAUUGGGCACGAGAUCUGACCGGCCUCGAAAGCGAUCGAUUGUGAGCUCGCACAAACUGGCAAAACUGCAAUAACUGGACUCAUUGGAUGACGAGCAAACCCUUAGGCUGCCCCGAAGAACCCCCCCCCCAGCGGGAUGGCAGCACUUUACCAAAGAUCGGUUGGCUUAGGAAAGCCCCGAUAGUGAUCAUGAUCGGCCAUGAUCGGGAAGAUUGUAAAUAUUUUACACGAUUAGCGUUGUGAGCCCUGGUGCUACCGUUUAGGUGCUUUAGGACGAUAGUAGCUAGUGAAUGUGACGACGUUCUUGCAAUUUCUAGAUGGUAAAACACUGGAACGCGAGUCUAGAGAGAACACCAUGACAGUACUAGGAGCAAGGCAGGAAGUGUCAGUCGCGCAUCCGGUUGGAUGACGUGGAUCGGAAGUACGCUGGCCCUUGGCUUGUUGGAUAGGAAAUUGUUUAAAAUAAGUAGUAGCGUGAACAACAAACAUGUGCCAGUAUUCUGUGGAUCAUACACCUUGUAUUGCGUGUUUUUUAUGUAUGUGUGGAUGUGUGUGCGUGGUAGGAUUAUCCGUUCAAACCCAGGACACAGUGGCCAGUAGCCGCAGCGCAGCGGCAAUAAUGCCGAAUACAGAUCAACGUUGUAACGUGCCGCGCGGCAUGACAUUUAGCACUGCAUUAUAGCUUCCCGCCGUCGGUCGGUUGGUGCUCCUCUAAAGCAAACAUACGACUCCGCAUGUCCCCAUAGCUUAAUUUAUACCAAUUAUCACAUUUACCAAACAAACAAUUAUGCGGCACACUUUAGGGCUUAGGUUGAGCUUAGUAGAUGAUAUAUUAGCAUCUCUUUUUCCGGAACAGCCCAACGUUCCGUGUCGAAGUGGAGGGAAACUCCUGACACCAAAGCAGCUUGUACGCAGUUCCCACACACUGUUCCCACUGCAGCAUUACUGUAAGAGCUGUGCGGUUAAAUGCCGUCCACCAAUCGGGAUGUGAUUAGUGUAAGCUGCUCGAAUUUGCAUAUAGCACACCCAUGAAAGGCGAUUCUAUUCGAAGCAAACGUUAUCUCCUCCUUUCUUAGAGCCAAUGUUACCCCUAUGCGUUGCGCCAAUUUGAUCUUUCUCCUCCCUCCCUCAAAAACCCUUUUCCUAUUUAUAAAACAAAACAAAAACGGCCAGUUGGCCGUUGGUCCGCUAGACGAUAGUUGCAACUGUUAUUAAAUGUUGAGUGUAAGUUUAGUUAAAUUACCUUAGGUUAUCGAGUGCAACCACCAAUUAGAGAAGAAUUGUGUAGAUUUAAAUUAAAUUUACCCCAAGUUAUAAUAGACGAUGGCGGCCCAUUCUCAUCGACAUGAAAAUGGAAAGGCAUCAUCAGUACGUUUAGCUUAGGUGUAUACGCCCU